AUGUCAAGCUCCCUCAAACUCCCAACCUCCCACACACCCUCCAACGAGGACAAUGACCUCGACUUGACCAUCCGUUUCUCUGCCUCGCUGCCCGAUCUCCUGCUUACGCUCCCGGGCUCUUUGAGCGCCAAUACCGCGACUCUCAAACAGCUCAUCCGCACCCGCCUACCCGCGGAGUAUGCCAAACACCGCAUUCGACUUAUCUACGCGGGCAAGGCACUCAUAGACGAUGUCCCGCUUACAGCCUCACUCAGGCGCACUGUCUCCCGGCCUCCUAGUCGCAUGGGCACGCCGGGGCCAUACGACGAUGCCAAUGCAGCUGGAAAUGGUAAAAGUAAGGGAAAGCUCGCCGUUCGCGACCAGCCCAGCCAGGCUAGAAUCUAUGUCCAUUGCUCGAUUGGGGAUCUGGUGCUGUCGGCAGCCGAGCUCGCUGAAGAGGCCGCGACCGCUCAAAAUGCAACGGCAGAGUCAGAGAAGGCAGAUGCUGCCAUGUCUGGACAACGGCGGCAGGAGCAGGGGCAGCAAACAACUACGACGCCCAUCCCGAGAGGGUUUGAGAGGCUGUUAAAUGCAGGCUUCACUGCUGCCGAGGUGCAGUCGUUGCGGCUCCAGUUCUUGGCCAUUCAGGCUCAUACACACACUCCGGACACCAUGCCAUCGCCUAAUACCUUGCGCGACAUGGAAGACAGGUGGCUUGACAGUUCGAAUGCGGCUGGAGAGGCAGGUGCUUUGGGCGAUGGCAUGGGGAGUGGUAUGCAGACCGAUGACGAAGGGCAGGGUGGUGCGUUGGAUGACAUGAUCUUCGGCACGGCUAUGGGUUUCUUUUGGCCCAUCGGAUGCCUCAUGUGGGGUGUGAGGGAGGAUGGUAUAUGGAGUCAGCGGCGUAAGAUGGCCGUGGUGGUCGGAUUCCUUCUUAAUAUAGGCCUAGGCCUCAUCAGGUAUACAGGUUAG